GUCGAUGAAGGUUGAGCGCUGGUGAAAAUGGCGGACAUGGAUGAACUGUUCGGCAGUGAUGGAGACAGCGACAAUGAGCAACGAGAGUCUGUUUCUGGUUCUGGCUCUGAUUCGGAGCACGAGAGACCAAGAUCUGCCAGCAACGCUUCGGGCAGCGAGAGUGACCGAGAUCAUGAUGAGGAUGAGGACGGGGGAAAACCGAGCAAUAAAGAACUGUUCGGAGAUGACAGCGAAGAUGAGCACGGCAGCCACCACAGCGGGAGCCACCACAGCGGGAGCCACCACAGCGGGAGCCACCACAGCGGGAGCCACCACAGCGGGAGCCACCACAGCGGGAGCCACCACAGCGGGAGCCAAUCAGAGCGAUCAGGCAACCGAUCAGAUGUGACCAUGCACUCUGACAACGAGCACAGUGGGUCUGAGGGUCAUCGUGAGGAUGAAGAGGAUGAUGACAUCAGGGGUCACAGGUCAGACGUGGGGAGCCCGGCUUCAGGGGCAGGAAGUCACCGGUCUGAGAGAGGAAGUGGAAGUCCAGGGACAGAUGCAGGAAGUCCACGCUCCGAAGCAGGAAGUGGUCAUUCAGAUCCAGGCACACCUCAUUCAGAAGGAGAGAUGUCUGGGAAAGACGGUCAUUCUGGAGAUGAGCAGUGGGGUAGGGGUGGACAAAGCGACCAAUCAGAGGAUGAAGAGAAACUGCAGAACUCUGAUGACGAGAGGGAGCAUUCUGAUGAUGGAGGGAGACGCAUACCAGAAUCUGUGAAAGGCAGUGAUAGCGAGGAGGAAUUCACACGGAAGAAAAAGAAGAAAAUGGCUUCAGACUCAGACUCCGAUUCUGAUGCAGAAACACAGAGAGAUAAGAAACCAGGAGCAAAUGAUCUGUUUGGGGAAGCAGAUGAUAUUUCAUCAGACAGCGAUGCAGAGAAGCCCCCCACACCCGGGCAACCAAUGGAUGGAGAGGAUGGUCUGGAGGGAGAUCAGCCCGAGGAGGAGCCUGUUCCAGAGACCAGAAUCGAGGUGGAGAUUCCUAAAGUCAGCACAGAUCUGGGUAGUGAACUCUACUUCGUCAAACUACCCAACUUUCUCAGUGUUGAGCCCAGGCCGUUUGACCCUCAAUACUACGAGGAUGAGUUUGAAGAUGAGGAGAUGUUGGAUGAGGAAGGGCGGACACGUCUCAAGCUGAAGGUGGAGAACACCAUCAGGUGGCGGGCUCGCCGUGAUGAGGAGGGCAAUGAAGUUAAAGAGAGCAACGCACGGAUUGUUAAAUGGUCCGAUGGCAGCAUGUCUCUGCACCUGGGGAAUGAGGUGUUUGACGUGUAUAAAGCUCCACUGCAGGGUGAUCACAACCACCUGUUCAUCCGUCAGGGUACAGGACUGCAGGGACAAGCUGUGUUUAAGACCAAACUCACCUUCAGACCCCACUCCACAGACAGCGCCACACACAGGAAGAUGACCCUCUCUCUCGCUGACCGCUGCUCUAAAACACAGAAGAUCAGAAUUCUUCCCAUGGCCGGACGGGACCCUGAGUCCCAGAGAAAUGAGAUGAUAAAGAAAGAAGAGGAGAGGUUGAGAGCAUCUAUCCGCCGUGAGUCGCAGCAGAGGCGCAUGAGAGAGAAACAGCAUCAGCGUGGUCUGAAUGCUGGAUACCUGGAGCCAGACCGCUAUGAUGACGAUGAGGAGGGUGAAGAAUCCAUCAGCCUUGCUGCCAUCAAGAGCAAAUACAAGGGUGGAGGAGGAUUGAGGGAGGAGCGAGCCAGGAUCUACUCAUCAGACAGCGAUGAAGGCUCAGAUGAAGACAAGGCCCAGCGGCUGAUGAAGGCCAAGAGACUGGACAGUGAUGAGGAAGGAGAGAACUCUGGGAAGAGAAAGGCCGAAGAAGAUGAGGAAACUGCUGCUAAGAAACCCAAAAAAUAUGUUAUCAGUGAUGAAGAAGAAGAGGAGGAGGAGGAGGAGGAGGAGGCAGAUGAGUGAUUGUUGUUUGUGUAUUUUUUUUAUUAUAAUUGUUCUGUGAUUGGUUAAUAACAUUAAAGUAGGCAGUUCUAGAAAAUAAUCAGCAGUUUGUGUAUUUUAUAAGAAGUCAAGAUGCUCAUUACAUGUCAAUAAAGAACAAUA